CUAAAGCAACCUACUCAAGGUCGUAGAAACGAGAGAUGUAUGCUUCAAGACUGCUUGAAAGUGUUAAAAUAUCUCAAAUGGUUUUUGAAAAUACAGCUGUCUAGAUAAAUGGAACGUGGUUGUUUCAGUAUACUUAUAAUCAUUUGAUCAUAUCAUUUAAUGAACUAUUCGAAAUGAAUCACACUGAUAAUUCGCCGUCAUCUUUAUGCAUCAGAGAUGACGCAAGAAAAUUAAUAGACCCUAAUAAUUUAGUUGAAUUGGCACACUACGUUGAAAGUGCCAAUAGUUUUGUUAGUGCAAAUGCAUGUUCUCAACUUCGAUUAAUUGUUGAACAGAUGCAACAUUUAAAAUCUCAGGCAAAGGCUAUCAUACAAAACGCCCAUAGAGAUACUUUGUUAUAUAAACUUCCCUGUAAUUUCAUAAAAAAACCCGGAAAUGUUUAUUACGUGUAUGAGAAGCCAGAUGCUAGCCAGUAUUUUAGUCUGCUUUCACCCACGGAGUGGGAUGGCUGUCCACACAGAUAUAUUGGAGCUUAUAAACUUCUUUCUGAUAUGUCUUGGAUUUCUGAAGACGAUCUUGAUAACUACGAAUCUAAUCGCAGUGCAGCACUCCAAAUUAUGGAUAAACACCAGAUAAUGCUAGAUUUUAAAAACAUGACAUAGUUAUCCAUUUUUUGUUUCUGCUUCAUAUAUUCCUGACGUCAAAACAAAAGUUGUUGUUACCUACAUCUCUUCAGUUCAAACAGGUUACAAUACCAUAAAACAGAAGUUCUGUUUAUCAGUAAUUUUACAGUUUUGUAAUGCGUUCUUUACAUAUUCGUUUGACUCUUUUCAUUCACCUUGAUGUUUAAGGUCUCCACUUUAUUUCUCUCUCGAUUUAUUUGGUUAUUUAUUAGAAUGUUUUCAUUCUAUACUACCUUUUGGCGCAAAAUCUUCGCUUUAUUAUUUGCUCGUCGAUUCUUCCCUUUCUAUUGUUAUUCUCUGUAUCCAAUAUUUGUUACUAUUCCUUCUAUAACAACUGCUUCCACUAAUUUGGUAUUCAUCUCGGCAAUUUUAUCUCUGUCCUGAUAUACUGUGACAACUUGACCUGUCCAUUUGUGCCGGGUGUAUGUUGAAUAUGACUGACCUACUCUAUUAUUAAGAAUUGUUCAGUAAAGUACAUGUUUUAGAAAAAGGACAACUAAUUCUAACUUAAUAUCCAAAUGAAUUAUGUUCAAACGAAGUUUUUAUGUUAGCAUCCUGAAUGCGAUAAAUUUAUCUCAUAUUACAAAUGACCAGAAAUAAGAUCGUUCUCACUAAACGUUGAUUAACCAAUAUAUCUUUUUGAUAAAUUCUUUUUUACGGUUGCACGGAAUCUGAAGGAUAGAACUACUCCGUAAUAGUUCGCUAUGUUUGUUUAUUAUAAUAGAGGUGUGCAAUCUGUGAAAGGGGACACAGACCUAUCUGAAGUAACAAAGCUUAUAAUAUAAACGAUCGAUGGGCUCAACUAUCACUAAACUAGGUUACGAAAAAGACUACUUUUUAAACAAUAUUUUGGGUUUGAAAUAUGAUUUCUACAUCAUCAUCGUUCUAACACUGCAGAAGAAGGUUGCUGUCACUACUUUUACUUGGCGAAAUUGCCAUAACCAUGUCAUGUAAAAAUCUGGCUUAUAAAAAGUGGGACGUAAUUUUUCCCCUCUCUAUGCAUAUGUCUGUAACAAAGUUAUAUCAAAAUAGAUAAAAUAGACGACCUUAGUAAGUACCGUUUAACCCAAUCACUUUUAAAGGGAUUUAAUAUAAGUAUCCGUAAUCCGUCUUUUAUUUCAUCCAAAGGGUGUCCAUAAAGAGACGCUUCGCUCACUAUUCCAACAACGUUCGGUGAUCGAGGAAUUAAGCUGUUGAGAUACGGUUUAUGAAUCCUCUUUUCUGCUUUCAAACUCUACCAUACCUCCGUUAGUUACAAAAGACUCGUGUUUAAAUUAGUGGAACCGUUAGGUGCCUUGGUGUAGGUCCGAAAAUGUAAACCUUAGUACAUAGUCUUGUUCAGUUGCCGUACCGAAAGCUCAAAUCCCCUGAUCACAUAUAAAAAGCGAAGCCAGUUGGAAAGGUUGAUAACAGAAACACGUUUUCGUGGAUGACAAAAGGAAUAUAUAAGGGGCAGAAUGAAUUUCAGUUCUACUGGAUAUGUGCACAAGACUCAGUAAAUCAUAUCCAACAUGUAUGCAUGGCCCCAAGUUCAUAGAUAUAUGAAAAUAUCGAAACUUGCCAAAGUAGCAGAAAUAGUAACACUAUAAAUAAACAUAGCAGAAAUUAUGGAUACACUAUAUGGUCUGAGAGGAAAAAAUGGAUCUAUAGAAUAGAGGGUAUGUGGAAAUUCAAAACACAAUCUGAGGGUCAGUAAAGGGUAGAUUCACCUGUUCCAUUGGGAUCGAUUUCUAGCCUUAUCACUCAACGUCUUCAACAAUUGGUUACAAUAAUUGUUCAAACCCCAGCUAUGUAGUUUGCAUCGACGUACAUGGCUUAUUCUAAUAAUCAGUGGCUUCAUCUGCUGGUCUCCUUAGUUUAUUCCCAAAUACACGUCGUCAUAGAUUCAGGACUUCUUUCCACAUUAUGUAUAGUUACUUCGUUGAGAAAAGGAUUGGUGGGAUAACCUUGCUCAAAUAGUGACCACAGUACAAAUGGCAACUCGUAAUACAAAAAGACUUUCGAAGUAAAGCAGUUAGGUGUAUUGCUCAUGAUCAAUAUAAUAAGCUGGUUUGAGAGGUCAUGUGAAAAAUUCAUUGAAGUAGUUGGACUAAGGUAACACUGAGAAACAGUUUGAAUGUGUACAUAUUUGCUGAACAACUGAAAUAAAGGGCUUCAGCAUUGCCAAAUAUACCUCCAUAUAUUUGGUUGUGAACAGUUUUUUCCGUUUUUCGUUCUCAUUUCCUGUCUUCGUAUUUUAUAUCUUUAUUAAUAAUAUCACCGUAGUUUUGCCCGUUUUUCUUUUUGCUAUCCUUUUGCUGUGUAACGUACUUAGAUGGGAUUUUGCGCCUGUUUCAGGUGGGUUCUUUCUCCAAGCAACUGAUUUAAAGCAAUACUGUCUAGUUUCUUGAGGUGAUUGGUGGCAUAGUAAAUCAGAUUAGAAUAACUUCUUAUUUGAUUCAUACUGGUAGGAACACCAUUUUAAAUGAAAGGAAUGAGUUGUUAUAAUGAGCUGGACUCAAUCUUUUGGGGAACGGAAAUCAAUUACUGAACACUAAAUGGUUCUGAUAAGUAACCAGUCCAGAUGCUGUCUGAAAGCGUGAUAGGAAAUUCACUAAAUGAACAAAAAAUAUCGUUAGCGAAAGGUGGUAAGUCAUUUGAUUAGUAGCCAGAAUCCUGACUUUCAAAAGUUUGUUUUUGGUGAAAAUAAAUCAUCAGACGAGAGGGGAAGUAUGAGGAAUACGGAUUAAAAUUAGGGUUUUUAUAAACCUGGAAAUAUAUCAGUAUUUGGACAAAUUUUCAAGUCUGUUUGUACUAGGAUUCUCUUAGACUCACCACAUUAUUUCGUAUUCACGAUUAGAAUAGUAUUUAGAUUAUUUACAUCUACGACAUCGUUUUUGAAUGCAGAGGUUUGGAUGGACUUCAUAACAGUUUGUCUGCAAUACAUUUGUCAAGUACGUACUAUUACUGAAUACUUCGUACGCAAAAACGGUUGCUAAACAACUCGUAAUAAGCUUCAUUAUGCUGCCUCUAUGAAUCGAGGAUUUUCUCUAUCUGACUUCCAGAAUCUGAUUGCUUACAUGUAAAUUAUCUUAUAUGAUCUUACUUUUAGAUUGGAAAAAGAUGAAACCUGGGUACAUAGAGUGAAGGUCUGGAUUUUUGACAGAUAAAACUACUUGUGGUGCAGACGAAGUAUCGUACCACAUAUUAAUCGUCUAGUAUAUUGGGAGAUAGUCAAAUAUUUAUUAGCUUAUGUUCAUAAGCUAUAGUCACAAAAAUAAAAGAAUUGCUGUUAUAGUAUCUCAACUAUAGAUCUUCUUCAUACUUCUUUUGUAUUUGUUGUUGUCACCAUAUAAUUUUAAGCUAAAACAACACAAUCAUUUGUGGGACAUAUAAAACAAUCUAGAGUAAAAUUGGAACAAAAGAAACCUUGAUACGUUUCGCAAAUGCUGCACCAAACUUAUGGCAGAACACAUGAUUAGUAGUCAAGAUUCCUGAGGCACCUGGGACUAGAUUUGAAUUUGUGGGGAAUUCUUAUCAAGUAUACCAUAUCUAACUCCGCCUGUAGCUCUUCUAGGGCUACUGUCAGUCUCAAGACCGGGUAAAGGAGGAGGGUCGAGCAUGAGGUCGGCAACCUCGUCCCGUAGAAUUCAACCUUGUUAAAAAUGUUAACCAAAAUACACAAAUUAAACAAUUAUAACUCUGUACUCCUAGUUGAAUGAGUAAUUAUGGCGCCUCACGAUGAAAGACGGGAUUCUCCGAAAGUCACGAGGCUGAAGGGAAGCGCGGAAUACAAUGGACAGCUCGGGAUCAGUUAGAUGAUUUGGAUUUCUCAGAUGACCUAGCCCUCCUAUCCCAUACACACGAACAAAUUUAGAUGAAGACAACUAGUGUAGCAGCAGUCCCUGCAUCAGUAGGCCUCAACAUACACAGAGGAAAAGGCAACAUCCUCAAAUAAAACACGGAGGACAUCAACUUAAUCACACUGGAUGGAGACUCUGGAACACGUGAAAAAUUCACAUAUCUGGGCAGCAUAAUCGAUGAACAUGGAGGAUCUGAUGCACAUGUGAAUGCAAGGAUUGGCAAAACAAGGAUAGCAUGUCUACAAUUGAAGAAUAUAUAGAACUCAAAACAACUAUCAGCCAACAUCAAAGUUACAAUCUUCAAUACGAACGUCAAGACCGUUCUACUGUACAGAGCUGAAACUUGGAGAAUCACUACAACCAUCAUAAAAAACCCCAAAUGCCCUGAUAUGGCCGAGAGUGUGGUGGGCCCGCCCUCCCUCUCGAAAUGCUGUCACACGGCCACGCGUAUACAGCCUCUGCCAGGUAAGUCCUAUUCACUGCCUCCUCGUGUCGGAGGUGUUGUUUACGAAAAUAAGAGGUCGAAAAGCGUAUGUCUGGCGCUUUAACGGGAUCCCAAACCAAUGGUGCACAUGGGCUCCAGUAUCCUGAGGGGACAAAUGGCGUAUGAACCAAUCGUUGGUCACCGGCUACCAUGGAAGUGCAUCUCCUCACGAUACUCCACUGCCUUGUGGGUCAGACCUUUAGGCUCGAAGUGUGGCCCCCUAAGAAAACCACCUGCUUCGGUCUGGACACCCGGGCAGUAUCACAGCCCACACACAAAUAUGAUGAAAUGUCGGUAAUUAUGGAAAUUACUUGUCUUGCUUCGAUCAACAAUCAAACGAUUCGCAUUAUUAUUACUAUCACUAUUAUUUUUUUCUACGUCUUUUAAUCCCACUUUAUGUAUCCUUAUUUUUCGACUUAUACAGCAGCUCGCCUAUGGUGGAAACUCGGUUCUAUCUAAACGUUCUCGAGUCACUGCCUGAUUGAAAAUUGUAUGCUACCACCAAAUACGAAUACUGAAGCAGUUUUUCUGAAACCACGUGCACCAUUCAAACUGGCUGCCUUCAACGUUCGCACACUUAUGCAGGUCGGACAACAGAUAGGGCUGGCUAUGUAUUUGGAAAGUCUUAAUAUCGAU